AUGAUGGGAAUGGUAAAGAAAUGGAUGGAAGAGCUCAAGGGAAAAUGGGAGAGGAUGGAGGAGAGAAUGGAGGAUAGGAUGACAGUGUUAAUGGUAGAGUUGGAAAAUAUGAGGAAGAGGGAGGAGGCUUGGGGGGAGGAGAAGAAGAGGAUGGAAAAAAGAAUAGGAGAGUUGGAGAAAAAAUGGGAGAAAGGACAGUGGCAGGAGGGGAGAAGGGAAAAGAUAGAGGAGCUAGAGAAAAGAUUGAAAAGAUUGGAAUGCGGAGGAGGGGAAGAGAGAGAAAGAGGAGAUACAGGAAGGGCGGAGAUAGAAGAAAGGAUGGGAGGUGCAAUUGGCAGGGAGAAGGAACAAGAAGGGGAGGGCGAUUGGGAGGAUGUUGAUGGGGAUAAGGAAAGAGAUAGAGGUAAUAGGAGUGGAAAACGGAGAGCUAAUGGGGGGCCUGAUGGUAGGGAAAGUACGAGUAGGAGAGAAGAUAUGGAGAAUAAUGGGGGUUUAUAG